AUGUCUUCACAUUCACUUCUAACGAGGACAAAGUCAGAAAAUGAUGUAUUCGAAUCAGAAGGUGACGAAUAUCAAAAAGAGCAAGAUCAGGAAGACAUUGGAAGUGAGGAGGAACAAAGUAAAGUCAAAGAAAUGGAACUAAUUCAGAAAUCAAGUCUGUUGAAUCUAGGUUUGGAAGAACGAAAAAGUACAGAAACAGAAAUUAAUAUCGAACUAAAAGGCAGAAAUAAUGAGGUGGAAUCGCAGAAGAAAGAAGAGAGCCCAGGAAAUGUUAUCUCAGUGGUAACAAAUCAGGCAAACAGACAGAAGGACUCACAUUCUUUAUUUAAUUUGCAUGCGAGCUUUUUUUGUCGAACUGGAUCAUUAAUUAUACCGUCUGACGGAAAGACAUCAUUAUGUGUCCGACGCAAGUCUUGGGACGGCUGA